GGGCUUACAAACCCUCUCCCGAUAACAACAACUUCGAUGGCAAACAAGUACUGGUGUAUUGACCAGUCCAUUUCCUAUAGUAAUACAACUGCCAUUUUCUCAUCAGCUGCUGGUAUCGUUGACACUGGUGAAUGCAAUGAUAUACUUAUGGUCUAUCCAUGUUUUGAUGAUCAGAUAUAUAUAUGGACAACCCUGGUACACCUCGCUUCCGAUGCAUUUGAGAAAUACAACUGGCAGUCAGCCACCUGGGCCGGAGCAAUAAUGGACAGUGCUACAGGUCUUCUUCAUACCACCUCAUCCCAAUACUCCAAUCUUUCCAGUCUCUACUUUCAUAUCAACAGCAUUGCUGAUGCCGAAUGCUCAAAUCUGGCCUCAUUGGCUAUUGGAGGGGACACCAGUGGCAUCUAUCUCAUUGUUAAUGAACUUGGACGAGAUAUUCCUCAAGACCUCGAAUUCAUCAGCGGUUAUACUUUCUUGGAGAGAUUCUACACCUGUAUCAUAUGGAGAACUCGAGAGUUGGGUUUGCUACGACUGCGUACACUCAUUCUGAGACAAAUUAGAUACUCAUAUCCGAAUUAGUUACUAGUACUAGGUUGAUAUUAUGUAGAAAGUUUUGUACUUGUGAAAGACCGUAUAAAAUGUAUGAG